AUGGCUUUGACUACAAAUUGCAAAGAAAUCAUAUAUAUCGGAAUAACAGGACACGACAGGGGAACCGGGAAGAUUACAGAGGAAGCGUUGAAAUCGUUGCAGAAAGAUAAAAAGAGAGGUACGAGUUUUUUGAAAUACUUGAAUCUGAUUGAUCAGCGUGGCGGGUCCAAGUUUACGAAGGCUUGCAAAGCUUUGACGAAAUCUAGAAGUAUCUUGGCGAUAGAUGUGGGACGGACGGAUGGAGAUGGUAUUGCGGCCUCGUUUGUUGCGAGUAUGACGGGUGGCGAGGAUACUUCCAUAUGGUUUGGGGGGAAGAUGGUUCCUGAGAGUACUGGGUAUGGUUUCUAUUAA